AUGAUGUCUCCUGAUCAAAAACAGCAGUUGAUUAAUGAUCUUCAAAAGACUGAUUACACUGUCGCGAUGUGUGGUGAUGGGGCGAAUGAUUGUGCGGCACUGAAAGCUGCACAUGUUGGAAUUUCAUUAUCGGAUGCCGAAGCUUCAAUUGCGGCACCGUUUACGUCAAGAUUUCUCUACAUUGACCUGUUCUUGAUUACAUUUGUUGCUUUGUUCUUUGGUAAUACACCGGCAAGUGACAGACUAAGUUCUACACCACCACCCACACGACUACUUUCUCUAGCCAGCGUCGCAUCUGUGUGUGGCCAGCUUUUAAUCAUUGCAAUCAGUCAGCUCUACGUAUUCAUUUUAAUAACAAGGCAGCCGUGGUUUUUUCCAUAUGCACCGCCAGAUGGUCCUGACACAUUAAGUAGGAAGUCUAUGCAGGUUCUUUUUCACAUAUUUGAAUAG